GAUGAACCCCUUUUGCCCCUCUAUCUCCGCCCUGGGGCAGGAUUCGUGUGUAAGUUUUGUGCAUUGUAGGUGUAUUAAAAUAAACACACCAUCAGGUUUAACAUGCAUUAACAUGUAUACAUUCAUAAUAAACAUGAUCAGAUAGUGUACAGCAACAUACUCGGUGUAAUGCCCGAGGUCUGGGCAGUGUAGAGUCUAUGCAGACCUUACCCCUAUCUUGGAAGGUAAAGAGGCCGUUUCCGAUAGACCCUUUGACUCAAAAAAAAUAUUAAAACAGAUACUAUAGACAACAUGACAGAAAAAAAACUUUCUUCAAGGCUCAUAAUUGCAGCUUUUUACUUUAACUGCAAUAAGAACAAAAACCACACCUUGCCUCUUUUCAUUUCACAUUUUCUUCUUGCCCCAUACUAACACUUCCCAUGCUCCUUUGCAUGUAUUCCUCAUUUUUACUUACUUUAUACAUAUCAUAAAUUGAGACCUUUUACUAUCACUUUAUACAUAUAUUUUUUUUAGAGAAAUGAGUUUCCAUCUUGGUACCACCAUAGUUCUUACAUUAUUUGUCUCAUUUUUUGCAUUACUAUUAGGCUUGUUCAUCAAUUAUCAAUUCAACAAGAUUGUUGUCUAUGAAGAUUUCUACUUGCCUCAUCAAUCACCAAUUUACAAUCUCUCCAUCUCUACACAUCUUGUUUGCAACUCAUCUUCGUCUCAUUCUAGUUCUAAUAGGACCAUGGAGGAGUUGAAUGAUGUUUGGCACUCGAUGAACGAUGAAGAACUUAUGUGGAGAGCUUCAGUGGUACCUCAAAUCAAGAAGUACCCGUUUAAUCGAAUCCCAAGAGUGGCAUUCUUGUUCUUAACAAGGGGUGGAUUGCCAUUGGCACCUCUUUGGGAGAUGUUCUUUAAAGGACAUAAAGGGUUGUUCUCAAUAUACAUUCAUACUUCACCUGAUUUCAACUAUGAACCUCCUCCAUCAUCUGUGUUUUAUAAAAGAAGGAUCCCUAGUCAGGCUGUGCAAUGGGGAAGAUCAACUAUGAUUGAUGCAGAGAGAAGACUCUUAGCAAAUGCACUUUUAGACAUUACCAAUGAAAGAUUCAUAUUACUCUCUGAAUCAUGCAUUCCUUUGUUCAAUUUCACAACAAUCUACACUUACCUCACAAAUUCUGACCAAAGUUUCCUCGGAUCAUUUGAUGAUCCGAGGAAAAUAGGUCGUGGUAGGUACAACAAACGUAUGUACCCGAACAUAACACUUUUCGAUUGGAGAAAAGGUUCACAGUGGUUUGAAAUACAUCGCGAACUUGCAGUAAAAAUAGUCUCUGAUGUGUUGUAUUACCCUGUUUUUAAGAACUAUUGUGUGCCACCAUGUUACAUGGAUGAACAUUAUUUACCUACAUUGGUGAAUAAAGUUUGUCCGGGAUUAACGUCGAAUCGGAGCGUUACGUGGGUUGAUUGGUCAGCUGGUGGUUCGCACCCGAUGACGUUUUUGAAGAAAGACGUGACAGAGGAGUUUUUGAGAAGUGUUGGGAGUGAGUUGAAUUGUAGUUAUAAUGGAAAAAUGAGUUCAAUUUGUUUUCUUUUUGGGAGGAAAUUUCAUCCUAGUACUUUGCAACCUUUACUUAGGAUUGCACCAAAGUUGCUUGGUUUUGGUUGACCCCCCCACCCCC